AGCCUUUUAACUUCCCUCGCUCCUUCCUCCUGCUAUUCCUUUCUCUCUCGUUCUCUCCUCCUGCCCUCCCUUCUUCCCACGUCCUCCUUUAUUCCCGGGUGGAGAAGCCACUAUGCCUCAGCUCUCGGGAGGCGGCGGCGGCGAUCCGGAGCUUUGUGCAACCGACGAGAUGAUCCCCUUCAAAGACGAAGGUGACCCCCAGAAGGAAACGAUCUUCGCCGAGAUCAGCCACCCGGAGGAGGAAGGAGACUUGGCCGACAUCAAGUCUUCGCUGGUCAACGAGUCGGAAACGAUCCCCAGUAGCAACGGGCACGGACAUGAGGUGUCUAGGCAAGGCCAGUCUCAGGAAGCUUAUGAAAAAGGCAGAGAACAUCCUGAAGAAGGCAAACACACAGAUGGUGUUCUGUACAAUAAAGGACCUUCUUAUUCUGGUUAUUCUGGUUAUAUCAUGAUGCCAAAUAUGAAUAAUGAUCCAUAUAUGUCUAAUGGAUCUCUUUCUCCACCAAUUCCUAGAACAUCCAACAAAGUCCCUGUGGUGCAACCUUCCCAUGCAGUCCACCCUCUCACUCCACUCAUCACCUACAGCGAUGAACAUUUUUCUCCAGGGACACAUCCUUCACACCUCCCCUCAGAUGUCAACACAAAACAAGGCAUGACACGGCAUCCUCCAGGUCCUGAUAUCUCCACCUUUUAUCCCUUGUCUCCUGGCAGUGUUGGGCAGAUAACCCCACCACUUGGCUGGCAAGGUCAGCCUGUAUAUCCCAUCUCAGGUGGAUUCAGGCAACCCUACCCAUCCUCACUUUCAGUCGACACUUCCAUGUCAAGGUUUUCACAUCAUAUGAUCCCAGGUCCUCCAGGACCCCACACAACUGGAAUCCCUCACCCAGCAAUUGUAACACCUCAAGUCAAACAAGAACAUCCGCACACAGACAGUGACUUAAUGCAUGUGAAGCCUCAGCAUGAGCAGAGGAAAGAACAGGAGCCCAAAAGACCUCACAUUAAGAAACCUCUGAACGCUUUCAUGUUAUACAUGAAAGAGAUGAGAGCGAAUGUUGUAGCAGAAUGUACUCUGAAAGAAAGUGCAGCUAUCAACCAGAUUCUCGGCAGAAGGUGGCAUGCCUUGUCGCGUGAAGAACAAGCAAAAUAUUAUGAACUAGCUCGGAAAGAAAGGCAGCUACACAUGCAGCUGUAUCCUGGCUGGUCUGCAAGAGACAACUAUGGAAAGAAGAAAAAGAGAAAGAGAGAGAAGCUACAGGAGUCGACAUCAGGUGGGAAGCGACACACAUUGUCAACCUGCAAGACAAAGACAGCGACAUCAGGGCCUCUUCUUGAAAUGGAAGCUUGUUGAAAUCUCCAGGGAUGCCCUUCAUCUAAACAGGCCACUACUAAGGAGUAUGUUUAGGAUGUCGAAUUCUACCCUGCGAAAGACCUUGAACCAUAAAGACAAUCACUGCCACGUCCCU